UAGAAUCUACAGGCCUAUUCUGCAUAAAUUAUACAAAAAUAUAUAACCUUUAGGGAGUUUUUAUUCAUCUCAGUUAUUAAAAGAUUUAAACCCAAGCAGAACAGACCUUCUAAUAACUUGUCACUGAAAUGAUUCUGGAGGUGCUCCUGGUCAGUUUUCUAGUACUACUUUUAGUUUUUGGCAAACUUUGGAGUCACUUGAACAAGAAAUACUUUAUUCUAUGCCUGUGCAAUCGAGUUAGUACCUUGGAUGGCAGUCCUCUAGAGAGACAGAUCUACAUAGCUCCCACCAAAACUCCAUUUGGCAAUAAUUUUGAUCUCUUGGAGCUUAAACCUGCUUCUGUCUUUAAGUUCAUGAGAGAUGCUGCUUCCCAAGCCAAGGGUCGGAAUUAUCUCUGGUACUUCUUUGGAACUCCAAUGUACAAUAUAAUCCGGGCCGAGGACGCUGAAGAAGUGUUCCAGAGUUCAAAGUUAAUCAUAAAAAACGUGAUAUAUGAUCUAUUGAGGCCUUUCUUGGGCGAAGGACUACUAACAAGCACAGACCAGAAGUGGCACUCUAGACGAAAAACUUUGACUCCUGCUUUCCACUUAAAUGUUUUGCAGUCUUUUUUGAGCAUAUUUAAGAAGGAGAGCAAAAAACUCGUGAAUAUCCUGCAUCUUUAUCCCGAAAAAGAAGUAGUCCUAAAUCAGAUUAUUCCACAGUUUACAUUCAACAAUAUGUGUGAAACCGUUCUAGGAGUUAAGCUUGACGAUAUAGAGGGAGGCGUCCAAUACCGCCAGUCGAUCCAUGCCUUAGAGGAGGUCAUGCUGCAGAGGAUUUCCAAUCCCCUGUUGUACAACAAAGUAUAUUUUUAUCUCUUUGGCGACUAUCGGAAACAGGUUGACAAUCUGAAGAUAGCACACGACUUCUCCAGCCAAAUAAUAGAGAAGAGAAGAAGGAUCUUCCAGCGUAAGGAGCUGGACCCAAAUGACGAUAUUGGAAAGCCACAACGGUACGCAAUGCUGGACAUUUUGUUGGCUGCCAAGGCAGAGGGUCACAUCGAUCAUCAGGGCAUCUGCGACGAGGUCAACACCUUCAUGUUCGCUGCAUACGACACCACCUCCACCGGCAUCAUCUUCACCCUGCUGAUGCUGGCCUUGCACGAGGAUGUCCAAGAGCGCUGCUUCGAGGAGGUGCAGAACCUUCCCAAGGACCUCGAUGGGAGCACCAUGCUCCAAUUCAACGAACUAUCCUACCUGGAUUGUGUCAUCAAAGAAACCCUAAGGCUGUUUCCCUCGGCUCCCGUUAUCGGACGAAAAGUGAUGGAAGAGUGUGUGGUGAACGGGUUAGUCAUGCCCACGAACACCCAGAUCAACCUGCACCUCUAUGACAUUAUGAGGGAUCCGCGCCACUUUCCAGAUCCCCUACUAUUUCAACCAGAUCGGUUUUUAAAAGAAAACUCUGGGAAUCGUCAUAGGUUCGCGUUUGUGCCUUUCAGUGCCGGGAAAAGAAGCUGCAUUGGCCAGAAAUUCGCCCUCCUCGAGAUGAAAGUGCUUCUGGCCGCCAUCCUAAGAAACUUCAAGCUGCUGCCAGCCACUCAGCUGGAGGAUCUCACUUUUGAAAAUGGAAUCGUUUUGCGAACUAAACAGAAUGUUAAGGUAACAUUGCAGCCAAGGGAGUAAAAUGUUAUUUUAACAUUUUACAUGUAAAGUUGCGUGAUCAGCAGAAAGGUAUGCUACGUUUUUUAAGUUUUCAGUUUCUGUUAAAUAACAGAGAUGCACUAGUAAUAACAG